CAAACCACAAAUAAGACGCAAAAGCACUCUUUAACUCAUUAUUUAUGAAUUAACUUAUCUUAGUGCUAAUCAGUGGAGUCUUAUCUUAUUAAUAAACAACAUUAAACUUCUGUCACUUCACCAGUAUAUAAACCCCAUAUCUCAGUUCCACUCUCACCCCCAUUACUUAAAAAAGAAAAAUGGAAAAUAUUACGAUUCCUCAAUUGCAUGUUAGAAAUUUAGGAAGAAGAAGUUCAAGACAUUCGACAAAAUAUCAUGGUGUAAGAAGAAGACCAUGGGGUAGAUAUGCAGCUGAGAUUAGAAAUCCAAACACAAAACAAAGGCAUUGGCUUGGCACAUUUGAUACUGCUGAAGAAGCUGCUUUGGCUUAUGAUAUUUCUUCUAUUGCUUUUUGUGGUAUCGAAAAUGCACGUACUAAUUUUGCGUACCCUUUUUCAUCUUUUCCUUCACCUUAUAAUACCCCGGCACCAUCAUCUCCGCCACCACCACCACCGCCACCGUCAACGCCGGAGUUGGAAGUGGUUGAAAAUAAUUGCAUGGAAGUGGUUGAAAAUAAUUGCAUGGAGAUUGAGAUGAAUGAUGAUGAUGAGUCUCUUGUUAUUGCUUCUAUUUUGCAAAGUUUUGUUCAUUCAAACACACUAGAUAAGCUGGCUCUUUGAGGAUAUCUUAACAGUUUUGAAUACCUUUUUUUAUUUGCUGAGGAUGCAGUGGAAAAGAUAUUUUCCUCAUUGAUGCAAUAUUAGUUA